CUAAGUGCUUGUUUUAUAAAACAACAAAGAAGUAAAUAUUUAUUCGAAAUAAAAUAAAAUUUAAAUUAGUAUAAACGAUCUAAAUUUUCUUAGUUCACUUGAUCGAAGUUUUAGAGUUGAGGUCCUGCCUUACAAUCUGUUGUGUUUAAAUGAUAUAUCUAAUAUGUAAUUCAAAACGCCCAUCAAUAUUAUAUUCUACAAUAACACUGAGAUUGCCAGAUGAUGUAUUUCUGUUGUUCAUCACUUCGUUAUCCAUAAGUUUAGUGAAAUAAUGAGGAGUUUCAAUUUUUUUAUAAGUUAUUAUUUCAAGAAUGGUAAAUUGUGAAAUAAUAUUUACAUAAAACUAAAAGGAUCUGGAAGACAGAAAUAAUAGAGCAAUGUGCAGGAAUUACUCGUAGGACUCCUUUUCUAUAGAGAAAAUAGGGCAUAUAUCAACCUGAUAAGGUAGGAUCGAAAACAGAAAUGGUUUUUAAUUUCAAUAAUAAGCUAAUUUUUUUUAAAUUUUAUUUUCCAUUAAAUUUGCCACUGCAUUGUAACGCAACAAGCAAAUAUGUUGGCGUUUAUUCUGUCUUCUUCUAUUCUUGAUAUUUUCUUAACUUGCCAGAAGAUCUCUUGGCCAGCGCCUUUUUAGUCGUCGUUGAGGCUCAUCAGAUAACAGGGACGAAUAUAGAGAUAGAACGAGUGGAUUUGGAUGAUUGAGAGUAGAAGAAUGAAAAGUUGUGUUCUUGUUGUGUAGCAAGGAUUUUACUUUUGGUAUGAUCAUGUCUGUAUGUAUGGUGCGAUUUGAAAUAAACCAAGGACCAUUGACGAUUUUACGAAGUUAUUAUUCAAAUUAUUAUUUAAAACACACAGAAAUAAAUUUAAGAAAUCAAUAAUUUAUACAAAAGAUAAAUUAAAAUUUGUAACACAUCCUUGACAAAAAAAUGUAAGUAAUCAUUAAAUUUAAAACCAACAAAAAGGUUGAUAAAACCAAUUUUUUUUAACACUUGAUAUAAUUUUCAGUUUUGUUUUCUCAUUUGUAAAAUAAGUAAAACAAAAUUGUGAACAAAAAAUGUACUUUUUUGUCAUUAUAAUGGCCUGUAAUCAAAUUACUAUAAGUUUCACAAACCAUUACAAUGACAGCUGAUUUUGAUUUGUCUAAAAACGGAAAAUUUUGACUUUUUAUUGUUAUGAACCCUUCGAUUGUUGGCUUUCUGUUUGGAUGAGAAUAUAACAUAACGAUAAACAUUCUCUUACUUCUAAGAGAAAUUUUUAAUGUAAAAAUGUUUGUUACCUGCCAUUUUUUCAUCACAAAUCCGCAACUCACUCAGAUCUAAUUUGAGUUGUAAAGUAAUCAAUGUUUCAGAAAAAUUUAAAAUGACCUUUAGAAAAUUUAUAAAUUAGAAGGGAAGAGGUAAAAUAUGAAGCAUCUACUUCAAAAGGAAUAACUCCAAACAGCAAAAUUUUGAAAGAAAAAAACAAAACCAUUAGCCAACGAGAGAAUAAAUUUCUGACAAAUCUGUUUGCUUCCUUUAUAGCUUUGAGUUUUAUGCAAUAAAUUAACUUUUUAGGAAAUAUAUUUUAGCCAUAUAAUAAACAUUUUUCAAAAAUGGGUAUAAAAAAUGAAGUGAUCUCUUUCUUGUAGUAGACGCCUCAUGUAUAACAACACAUUAUUAGAUUUAAAAAGUUAUAAACCAACAUUAAAAAUGAAUAAGAAAAUAUACUAAGCAUUUACAUACAUUCAUAGAAAUUAUAUAACACGGAGGAUAAUUUGUGCUGUACUACAGACUCCUACAAACAGUUUAUUUCUAGAACAGGAUAUAUUGACUUUUUCUAGUUAUUAAAAUUAUUAACUUACCUGAAAGAUCUAAUAUUUAGUAUUUUAAAAAAAAUGAUGUUCAUUAAAAGUCUAGUUCAUAACAUAACAGAGUAAAGUAAUAAUUAGUCCGUGGUACAGACCCCUUUUUAUCGAAUUAUUAUCAUUGACAUGAAACUUCGUAAAUAGUUUCAUCUCAUCGUAACCUACAACUAUUUAAUUUACAAAAACUCUUGGAAUUGGGGCGUUUUCAAUCUGGAGGGGAGCAAUCUUUGUUUACUUAAUUAUGUACUAAAAUACACAUUUGCUAUAAAUACACUUGGAUCGUAAGAUAAUUUGAUCAUAAAAUCGAUAAAAAAGAUGGCCUACAAAAAUAUUGGGCCGUUUGUCCUAUAUAACAUCGUUAUUUUGAAAAAUGACGAGGUUAUAUAGGCCAAACGGCUCAAUAUUUUUGAAGGCCACCAUUUUUCUCGAUUUUGUGAUCAAAUUACUUUAUGAUCCAAGUAGAAAGCAAAUGUGUAUUUACGCAUUUUCAGUACCUAAUUAAAUAGACAAAGUUUGUCCCCCUCCAGAUUGAAAACGCCCUAAUUCCAAGAUUUUUCGUAAAUAAAAUAGUUGUAGGUUACGAUAAAAAGGAGUCUUUACCACGGACUAAAUUACCAUCUCUAGUAAAACAUAAAUAUGAAUCAAGAGAGGACAAUAAUCUCCUAAAUCCGUACCAGGCCGGUUUCAGGCCUGGUUAUUCUACUCAGUCUGCCCUAAUCAAAAUUUCCCAAGACCUUCACACAGCCAUAGAUGAGCAGAAACUAACCAUCCUUGUUCUCCUAGACUUCUCCAAAGCUUUUGAUUCAGUAGACCACAACAUCCUCCUAACCAAACUUAAAAAUAUCUCUUUUUCUUCUAGUUCCCUUAAUUGGUUCCAAUCCUUCCUUACCGGUCGUUCCCAGUAUGUUGUAAUUACUAAUAACCCCCCAUCAGAAUCUCUACCUCUGACCAGAGGCGUCCCACAAGGCUCUUCCUUAUCUCCCACCCUUUUCUCCAUCUAUAUAAAUGACCUCCCAUCCUCUAUCCUGCACUGUCAACGCCUGAUUAAAUAGACAAAGUUUGCCGAUCUCCAGAUUGAAAACGCCCCAAUUCCGAGAAUUUUUGCAAAUAAAAUAGUUGUAGAUUACGAUGAGAUGAAGCUAUUCAUGAAGUUUCAGGCGGAUGUUAAUAAUUCGACAAAAAGGGGUCUGUACCACAGACUAAAUUACCAUCUAUAGUAAAACAUAAAUAUGAAUCAAUAAAUAGGGAAUGAAUUUUUAUGAUAUUGAGUUUAAAGAUAGGAACAUUGCUUUUAUUUUUGAAUAAUCUGGUUGGGAGAUGUAAUAAAUAAAGCCAAAAAUUAGUGAAACUCACUAAUUUCUCACAAAAAUAAAGCAUUUUAAGAUGGUUUGUCUAAUCACAGUUAUGGUAGAUUUAGUCUACAUUAAUUUUAAUAUUUGUUCAACUAGUGUUUUCUUAUCAUUCUUGAAUUUUAUUAUUGUCACAAAUUAUUUUCCAACUAGGUACUAGGUAAAUUUCAAAAUCUUAUCAUACACCAAACUAGACAGAAACAAUAUUUCAGAUUUAUAAACAUUCCAGAGGAAACUUUUAAUUUAGAACAGUAAUAAAAAUAUAUCUUUUGAUUUUACAUCGGAUUAAAAGUGACCCAAUAAUCAAACAUUUGAAAUUUGUUGACAAAGGACAAACAAAGAGCUAAAACACAUGCUGCAUAAAAUCAAUCAUGAUUGCUAAGCUAACAUUAGGCAGGCUUCGGUUAACAGACAAACCACCACCAAAUAUCAAGAAAGAAGAUGAUUUAUUCGUCAUGCUUUAGUAAUAUUCGCAAAUGUUGUAAAUCCUGGAAAGGAAUAUUAAGAAAAAAAAGCAUAAAGCAACAGAAAUUACCAAGACGAAAAUGCUCCAGUUUUCACAAUGACACCAAAUUUAUAUUUAGCAUUGCUUUUAUAUUUGGGCUAUUUCCUGUACAAAACAUUUUUAAAACAAACAUUCUUCUCAUAAAAACUAAACUUUUCUCUAUAUCAUAUGUUUAUGCAUUCUUUAUGCUCGCUGGAUUUUUGAUAAUAACGAUUUAUGGAGUGGAACAUGCUAUCUACAAUACAACAUUUCAGAUCGGUGAAAUUAAACAAUCAACAGCACCUUUCUUAUUUUAUGGAUGUUGUACAACAGCUAGCUACUGUUUUAUAGAUAUUGCCAAGAAAUGGCCACACAUCAUAAGAAAAUGGUCAAAGAUAGAGAAUGAAGUUAGCUAUAUUCAACCUCCAUCUACAAACAAGGGUCUCGCAGGUUUAAUUAUGACACUAGGCUUAGUUGAACAUCUCUUUCAUAAUUGGGUCAACACCAAGGAUGGGAACUUGCAGGAAAAGAGUCCUAUUGGUUGCUACCUCAAGACCUUCUGCUUCAAAACCCAUAGCUUUCUUGUGGACGAGGAUAGUUACAGGCAUUGGAAAGGAGUGUUGAUCGUCAUGUUCAGCUUCCAUGGCACUCUAUUAUGGACAUUCAUCGAUGUCUUUAUUAUUCUAGUAACAAGUGGAUUGAAAGGACAAAUCCACUCAUGGAACAAAUUUGCUUAUAAACAUGUCAAGGUAUCCAACUUUCAUUGGAGGAGAUUUAGAAAAGACUAUAAGAUAAUAAUCAAUUUUAUUAAGACUACUGAUAAACAUAUAAACAAAAUUAUAGGAUUAUCUAUGAUUAAUUUUUAUUUUAUAAGUACGCAACUAUUAGAAGAAGUAAGAACCCAGCACGAUAAGUACUCGGAACGAGUGUUCUUUCUCUUCUCCUUAUCCUUUCUACUCCUGAGGACCAUGUCGAGCUUCAUGAGCUCUGCUUCUGUUCACGAUGAAUGGCUCAAGGUAUCGACGCCAAUACAUGCAUGUCUCAGUCAUACUCCAGAGGUGGACAGGCUUCUAGCAGAGGUGCAUUCCGAUAAUGUUGCAAUGAGUGCUUUUAAUAUGUUUCAUAUCACUCGAGCUUUUAUAAUGACUAUGUGUGGAGUUGUUCUGACAUACGAGCUGCUUAUAUUACAAACACAUGAGGCAGAAAAUAUGGCGAGGUUACAGAAUGUCACAAUUCCAGAAUGACAGCCAAUCAAUCAGGAUGGAGUCAUCUUGAUUAAUUUGCUGUCAUUCACUCUUAAUAAAUAUUUCCUUGAAGCUUUUUUAAUGUAGAAAUACAUUUUAAACUUUUGUUUCAUCAUAAAGUCUUUAUUGCUCGCUCUGUCAAUUUUUGGAAUUCCCUCCCUAUCAAAAUUCAACAUUCCCCAUCCAUAUCCACAUUCAAAACCCUCCUAUUCCAAUUCCUAUCCCAUAAACAGUCAGAUAGUUGCUAACCAUUCGACAACAUACAUUUCUUUCAUGCCAUUCAUUGUCAAAUAUCAAUGCUAAAUGAUAAUGUAUUUAUAUAUUAAUCAGGCA